AUGACCACACCCCACCAACGAUUCCGCCAUGCAGACAUCAUCGAAUCACUUGCCGUGAGAAAAGACAAGAUCACGGGAGAGUAUUACAGUCGUGUCAUCGACAUCCAGGAGACAUUCCCUGGUGCCGUCCGGUUCAAAGUCAACGGCGUUGUCCUCAACUUUCUCGAAGACGAGAAUGAGCUGCGGUAUGAACCAAGGAGGAUCGCGCACCACCCCAACGAUGUUAUCGACAUCGUCAUUGCCAUCGCGACGCGCAUGCCCUUGAGCUCUCCUAUCAGUUCUUCCAAGAAGACUGAGCGCACUCACAGGCAAACGCCACAGUCGCCUCCCAACGGCAACAUUGACUAUGCAGUCUCAUUUCUGUCGCUCCAAUCUACUCCCACCUCCUUCUCCAGCGAUCUUGUUCGCUUGCCUGGCUCUGCCAACACUAUGACAGCAUCCAAACCUCUCCUCGCUGGCCUUGCCGCAACUCUUGCAUUAAAUACUUCAGGGAUCUUGGACCUCCAGCAACAAUUCGCACAGUUGGAUAACACUGGCUCUGUUCAGCACCAACAACUCCUCACACAAAUUACCCAGAUGAUGCAUUACCAGAAUGAGCUCCUCGAGAAACAAAACGAGAUGCUCCAGGAGCAGGCCGACGCCAAGGCAAGGGAUGAGAAGGUGUUGGCGGAAUUUGAGGCGGCCAAGGAGCGGGAUCUGGAGACGCAUAGACUGCAAAAACAGACUAUUGACCGACUCAUUGUCGCACAACAGAGAGUUGAUGCCAUCCUCGUCCAAAACUAUGAGCUGCAUGAAUACCCGAUCCCGCGGCUGUUUGUCAUCUUGCCGGAUUCGUACGAGAGUUGGGAUCCGCGCAACUUCCUGAAGGAAAGGUUUCGGCUGUUCUUCCUCUGUGAGUGCGGUGAGGAUUGUGGAUCGGAGACGAGCCAUGGCACUACCUCAAGUCAGCUCGCGAUCACCGCCCCCGAUACCCCAGUUUCUCCCAUCCGCGUAAGGAACCGCAUCCAUUUAGCCAAGCAUGAAGGAUAUGAACUCUCACGUCCCACCGAAUUCUUUGACCGCUACGGCUCGUACGUGCUUGGGAUGCUCAAGAUCCUGAAACAUUGCCUCGCAGUGGCGACCGUGGUGGCUCCAGUAGUGGCCCUGGUGGACGGUGGCGUGAAGGAUGUCAUGGAUGGGGUCAAGUCGAUCUCGGAGAGUACAAUGGAGGCGGUGGAUAUAUCGAUCAACUUUUUAGAGCAGGAGCUGGAUGAUGGUGGUGUCUCGGACGCCUUCGCAGAAACAGGAUCUGAUGGACAGGAUGCCGACAAUAUGUUCGAGAACCUUGCCGCACUCGAGGGAGCAGAUCUCAGGAGACUAGACACCUUCUUGCAGAACAAUGACCAAGACAAGAUUCUGGGAAACCUCUAUCGGACUACCACCGAGGAAGGACACGUCAAAUGGGUCUGCUUUGAGCACUAUCAAGAAAAGUACCAAGCCACUGCCCUGGCGUCGUUUGUCCAGUCUGUUGAAGCCGCCAAUGGAACUUAUGACCCCCAUUUCCGCAGGGUCACCAUCAGCCUGACUUCCAGUACCGUCGCUAAGGACUUUUUCAUGCGACUCGCCAGACAGGCUCCUGUAGUCGACAACUUGGAUGUAACCCUCGCAUGGGACUUUGGCUCUGCAGACCUGGUUAAUCUUGUCAACAUGGUGGCCAAGUCGAACGUCAGGUCCAUCACACUCGAUCUUCAGGACGACCCAACCUCAAAGUCGGCUCUUGCCUCAUUCCGACCUGGCAAGGGGCGAUACCAUUCACUUCUCAGCCUCUUCUCCAAUAAGAACAUUCGCCGACUGCAGCUGUCCAACCUUCACCAGCUCGGAACCCGGACCUCGAACCUUCCUUCCAGCGUCGUCGCCCCAUGGAUGCAGAGCUUCCACUUUCACGGACAAGUCAAUGACGAGGGUAGGGAUCGCCUGACGAACAUCUUGUCGCGCUGUCCCAGCCUUGUCGAUCUCCGUCUCACUGGAUCUCUAUCCGAAGGGAAUAUAAUGGACCCGAGUUUGCAUCUACAGAUCUUUGGUUUGAAGAAGCUGCAACGACUGCAUGUCACGGGCUGGUAUCAAUACUGGCCAGAGACACCUGGGGGAUACAUCUGGAAGGACGGGAUGUCGUUGCAGGAGCUAGUCUGUACCACAGGAACUCUAGAGCGCAACUUUGUGGGAGGAUCCAUCCAGCGGUCAGGCAAAAUCCUGGAGGUACUUGUACUUGUCGACCGUUAUGCAGACAAUACUCCGAUUAUUUUGACCCCGAAGAUCAUCGGUGAAUUUUUUGACGGGUCCUACUUUUCGAGACUGACCCAUCUGGAACUUCAGGCUCAAUUGGCGAACGGCUCACUGGAGUUCCUAUCAUCAACCUUGCCUCGACUGAAUCUCGUUCACUUUGGGUGCGAUUGGAGGACCGAUUCGCUUCUCCGUCACAUCAAUCUUGCAUCGUUGAAGUCAUUGGCUGUUGGUAAUAUUUCUAACAACUUCUGGCUACUCAGGGGAGCAAUACAGGGACUUGGAGGGGAGUGCCAGAUCGAGUCCUUGAAUGUCGACGGCUUCGACUACUUUUACGAUGACCUCGCCAAGAUCCUCGAUAUUCUCCGACUGAAGCGGCUCUUCCUGAGCAGAGCAUCCGCGAGCGCCAUGGUCUACUUAUUUCGGCAUGCGAACCUAUCCAGCCUGCAGAUAAUAUCUCUCUAUGGGUCAGAGUACUUGCCAGAGGUGGAAAACGUCCUUGCUCAAAGGAGAAAGGACGAGUUUGCCGAAUCCUUCGUGGUCCAGCUUGACGUCUAUUCUUGGAAUAGCUACGCUAAUGCCAGCGUUGGGGGUGCCACCAGGGCUCAGACACAGAGGGCAUCGCCUUCCCUUCCACUUGGCCAUUGCGUGAAGGACUUGCGAUCCUUGAGCGAUCAUUCUUUACAGUUCUUGCAGCCCAUCCUUCCACGAUACUCAUAUUGA